CCCACUGCCCCCAGCAUAAACAUCGAAGAAUUCCUGAAAAGUCAGGAAUAUCUCUGUCAUCUGUGUUAUGUGUCUAUUUCAUUUUCAGCCUGUGUAUAGCAGAAUGUAUAAGCAUAAAAUUCCAUUAUAGAUUUAGGGACCUUUGGACGGGGGGCGUCCUACUCAUAAUCCCCUGGUGAAAUCUCGGGUAGGGACAGCCCGUGUGUUACUUGGGGAUCAACAUGAAGUUGUCUUAGGGGAAAAACAAAUAGCUCGACUAUGGAAAACAAAAACAGGAUGGUGGAAUCCUGGUAUUUACCAAGGCCCUUUUGUGAUUAAACCACCACCCACACAUGACCCCAUAAAAGUGGAAAAACAAAAGGCAGUGAGUUCUCUCAGCCAAUCUCUCAGCCAAUUACAGGUCAACUUUCUCGUCCACCCCGCUCACUGCUGCGCUUGACUGGUCUUUGGGUAUAGAGAUUGGGCUAAUUGUCCUUGGCAUAAUCGUGGACAAUAUGACGUAACCCAAAGUGGCUGGGCUUCAGGAACUUGACCACCCUGGACAAGAUGGACAAAGCCUAUGUAACAAUGAUUUUGCAAAAAGAUUAAUUGUUAUAAAAACUGUGGAAGGUAUUGCAAGAUUAAGCAUAAGUGUAAAGCAAUAUGAAGUCAAUUAUUAUUUUGUGUAAAAAUAUAUCAACAAAAUAUUCUCUUCAAUUAAACAAAAAACUCAUUGUACUUGUGUAUGUAUGCGGAACUGUACUAUGUGUCACUUGGAAAAUUAUGUCUCUGGGAAAUGAUGUUUAUGAUUAUAUCUUGUACUGCCCCUUUAUUGAUCAUGCGAUGUUAUGCUUUUGUAAGCUUAUGAUAUAAAAGACCAUGUAAAAAAUAAAGAGCAGAGCCUUCUUUUUCUGCAGAAUGAAAAUAUAAGACACUCUACCGCUCAUUUCUUUUUCGCCGAACUCUACCCCUCCUCUGGUAACCCUGUUCAUUGCUGAGGCUGGCCCCCGGCAACUGGCGCCCGAACAGGGACCUGAAGGUAAGCAACGUCGUCUCGGGGUAGAUAGGGCUGUUGCCUAGAGCUAAAUAAGAAAGGAGAAAAGCUCCCUUUAGCCACCCCGUCGUUAGAGAGGACGGGGAUAGGAAAGGAAAGAUAGGCAAAACAUAUGAGAAGUUGUUAGACCCCUGUAUAAGCAGGAGAAUACUAGAAAAACACUAUGGGACAAACAUCCUCUGCAGAAAGAAAACUGUUUAUUGAUAUCAUCACGUGUAUGCUCAAAAAAAGGGGAACCGCGGUGACUAGAAGCCAAGUAGCUCGGUUUUUACAUUUUGUUCAGGAACAAUGCCCCUGGUUCCCAGAGGGAGGCUCGGUUAAUUUGGACAUAUGGAAAGCUGUGGGAGAACAGCUACAAAAAUAUUAUACUAGAUGUGGUCCUGAGGGGGUGCCUGUUGAUGCUUUUGCAUUAUGGAUGCUUAUCAGAGAUACUCUUGACCCAACUCCCGAUUCUGUUAAAGCAUUCCAAGUACUAGACAAUCCUGACUCUGACCCCACUUUAGAGGAGGAAGAAACACCUCUGCUUCAGAAACAUCCUUCUGUAGCGUCUACCCCUUCAGCCCCUCCCUUUGUUGGUCUAUCUAAUCCAAUCACGAAUGACACCCUGAGCCCGGAGGAGCAAGUCGAUCUAGAGGAGGAGGCUGCUAGAUAUCAUCAGGAUGAGGAUAUUGUUCUUCCUUUACGAAAGUUGCAAAUUGAGUCACAGCCUCCAAAGUAUGAGGUUAAAUCAUUGACCUUUACUCCUCGAAAUAGAGUACCUUUACCUCCCCCACCUCCUUCUCUGACAGGAAAAUCAAAAAUCAAAGCAGCCUUAAAACAAGGCUUGUCUGAGGGAGACGUUACCCUCCCUUUGUGCUUUCCAGUACAUUAUAGCGGGGAAUUUGAUGAGGAUGCAGAAUGGACUCCUCUUUCUUAUAAAUUCCUCAAGGAGGAUAAAAAUGCCUGCAAAGAAUAUGGACCCCUGUCUCCAUACACAUUGUCGUUAAUAGAUAUUCUGUCAACCAGCUGGAUGACUCCUUAUGAUUGGUAUCAGCUGGCAAAAACCUGCUUACCAGGGGGUAGUUUCUUGUUAUGGAAAAUGGAAAAGACCUGACCCAUUAAUCUCUUGUGGAAGAGGCUAUGCUUGUGUUUUCCCACAGGACAAAACUUUCCCUUUGUGGAUACCCGACAGACUCAUCAGACAUGCAAGACCCAAAAACCACCAAAAAUCCUCCAACACUUCUUCCCUCACUGCUCACAAAUCUAACACCUUCCACGACUCUUCUGAGAAAUCUGUCUCUUGAAAAUGCUCCAUCUACACCCCCACCUUCGCCUGUCUCUAGUUCUUCCUCCUCUUCAUCUUCUACUCCACCCCCUAUCACUGACUUUAUACAACCCUCUACAAAUUUCAACAACUCUUCAUCUCGAGACAAAGUGCGGUGGAGAAGCCGGAGAUAUACUCCUUAUUCAAGAACCCAUCGAACCAUUGCGGCUGAGCCCCCAACUUGGGGCCAACUCAAAAAACUUACUCAUCUGGCUCACACCUUAACCGUGGAUCAACAUAUUCCCGUAAAUGCGGGUACUCUUUUUGUGGCUAUGCUCGCUAUUAUUUCCUGCCAGUCAUCUUCCGAAUCUUAAAUCAAGCUAUCCAAAAGGUGGCUUCAGAUCUUCAUCUGGCGAAAUUAAAAAAUAAGAAAGGGGGAGAUGCUGGGAGCCAGGCUGCAAGGGCGGCCCCUCUGCACCCACUGCCCCCAGCAUAAACAUCGAAGAAUUCCUGAAAAGUCAGGAAUAUCUCUGUCAUCUGUGUUAUGUGUCUAUUUCAUUUUCAGCCUGUGUAUAGCAGAAUGUAUAAGCAUAAAAUUCCAUUAUAGAUUUAGGGACCUUUGGACGGGGGGCGUCCUACUCAUAAUCCCCUGGUGAAAUCUCGGGUAGGGACAGCCCGUGUGUUACUUGGGGAUCAACAUGAAGUUGUCUUAGGGGAAAAACAAAUAGCUCGACUAUGGAAAACAAAAACAGGAUGGUGGAAUCCUGGUAUUUACCAAGGCCCUUUUGUGAUUAAACCACCACCCACACAUGACCCCAUAAAAGUGGAAAAACAAAAGGCAGUGAGUUCUCUCAGCCAAUCUCUCAGCCAAUUACAGGUCAACUUUCUCGUCCACCCCGCUCACUGCUGCGCUUGACUGGUCUUUGGGUAUAGAGAUUGGGCUAAUUGUCCUUGGCAUAAUCGUGGACAAUAUGACGUAACCCAAAGUGGCUGGGCUUCAGGAACUUGACCACCCUGGACAAGAUGGACAAAGCCUAUGUAACAAUGAUUUUGCAAAAAGAUUAAUUGUUAUAAAAACUGUGGAAGGUAUUGCAAGAUUAAGCAUAAGUGUAAAGCAAUAUGAAGUCAAUUAUUAUUUUGUGUAAAAAUAUAUCAACAAAAUAUUCUCUUCAAUUAAACAAAAAACUCAUUGUACUUGUGUAUGUAUGCGGAACUGUACUAUGUGUCACUUGGAAAAUUAUGUCUCUGGGAAAUGAUGUUUAUGAUUAUAUCUUGUACUGCCCCUUUAUUGAUCAUGCGAUGUUAUGCUUUUGUAAGCUUAUGAUAUAAAAGACCAUGUAAAAAAUAAAGAGCAGAGCCUUCUUUUUCUGCAGAAUGAAAAUAU